ACAGAAGAAGUGAAGUGGGGGACCCGCUGCGAUUCGCGAGACCCGCCGCACCCGCUGGCCCUGGCAUCUGCUGUGGCGGCGGGUGGAGGUGGGACGGAAGGUUUGGCGGCAGGAGCUCCUGUGAAGCCAGCACACAGAGUCCUGCCCUGGGAAGAUGGCCUACUACGGAAAAUGCAUUGAAACUGUGAUUGGGCAACUGGACAAAUUUAAGGCUAAGAAGGGCAGUGCUGAGCAGUUCCUGGAGGCCGCGUCCACCGCCCUGCAGACCCUGAGCCCCCGGAAGCAGGCGUUCAUUCUGGAGGUGCUGUCUGGGUGCCUCGAGUACCAGAAGCUGCUGGCCGUGGUGGUGGAUGCCUUCUACGUGCGGGCCGGCUGUCUCUGCCCACGGGCCGACUACAGCCUCUUUGAGGUGAUCUGCUACCUGGCCACGUUCCAGCUGGAGGAACUCGGCUUCCAGCUCUUCUGUGACAUCGUCAGGUCCCAGCCCGUGGACAAGAUGCGCAAGUUCCUGGGGUUCUUCUUCAACCCCUUAAACCUGUGCUCAUGGAUCACAGACGAGUGGAGCCUCAUCUACGAGACAGCCUAUGUGCGAGAGAACUGGAUCGGCCCCCUGAUGAGAUGGCAGCCGGAAGUCCAGAAGCUGAUCAACCAGCUAGAGGAAGUGUUGGCCAAUCAGUCCGUUGUUUCCAAGACCAAGGCCAAGGUCACAGAGCCCAAGGAGUUCAACCUGACUGUCCCCAGACCCCGCUCCAUUCCAGUGCCUGAGCCAGUCCCUGUCGUGGCCAAAUCCAAACCAGUCCCCAGGAGCACCUACCAGCCGCCCAAGAAGCAGCAGCUGCUGGAGACGACCAAGAGACACAAUCGCUGGAAGGCAGAGGAGCUGCUGCGCAGGGCGAACGUGGAGGAGAUGCGGUGCGCGGUGCCCAGGUCCCGCGGGGAGCCCCCGACGCAGGACUCCCGGAAGACUCUGCAGCCCCGACUCCUGCCCCGAAUCCUUAAGACUCCAAAGCUGACCUUCUACAAGACCAACAACGUCCCUGUGAAGCUCAACACAGCUGCCAUCCUGCGGGAAGGAUCUCUAUACCAGCGGCAGGUGGAGAAAGAGCUGGAGAGGGUGGAUAAGCUUGUGGACGGGGCCGGGGACUUUUCCGAGUUCCUCGAGUGGCAGAGGAAGGUGCAGGCGGAGGGCCGGGAGGAGCAGCUGGCCGCGAGCGAGUGCCACAGGCUGCAGGGGAAACUCAGCCACGAGGAGGCCAUCCUGGCCCGGCAGCGCCUGGUGCAAGGGAACAAGGAGAAGGCUGACCAGAAGAAGGAGGAGACGGCGGAGCUGAUGCAGCAGUGUGCUGAGAGGCGCCUCCAGGAGGAAAGGUCCAUGAAGGAGCUGGUGCGGCGGGUGGCGGAGGUGCAGAGGAACGUGAAGGUGGCACAGACGAAGCUCCUGAGGGGCCGGCAGCAGAUAGUCCAGGAGGUGAUAGAGGAGAGCCGGGAGCUGCUGCAGCGCAGCGCAGAGGCCGCGGGGGAGGAGCAGAAGCGGCGCCGUGAGCUUAUCUCUCAGCUGCGAGCCCUGGAGACACAGCCGGUGCGCCAGGGCAAGCUCGUGGACCUGACCCAGAUCCCUGGGUAUGGCCUGGAAGGGGAGAUGUCUGUGGUGGAGCUUCGCGAGCGGCUGGCCCUGCUCAAGGAGACCCGGAGGCGCGAGGAGGAAGAGAAGCGAGACCAGAUCAUCCAGGGCAAGCGCGCCAGAAGCCAGGAACUGCAGAACGUGGUGGAACAGAUCUCGCUGUGCCGCGCGGCCAUGGGGAGGUCUGCAGCCUUGAGGUGGGAGGAGAGGAAAGCUCGGUCCGCGGCCCCGGCGGCGCCCUCCCAGGACGAGCGCGUGCUCGAGCUGCAGCGCAAGGUCGAGGAGAAGGCGGCCGAGCGCCGCAGGCAGGCGGCCCUGCUGCGGGUACCGGCGCCGCGGGCCGCGCAUCGCAAGCCACGGACAGCCCCGGGCGCCCGCCCGCAGGCGCAGCUGGAGGCGCAGCACUGGCUGGAGCUGGAGCAGAGCCGGGAGCGCCGGCUGCGGGCGCUGCAGCGGAGCGGCUCGGUCUGCGGGCGCGCGCGCCGCCUGGAGGCCGCCUGA